GUGAAAUUGUAGUCCCGGUGAAGAUGCCGGGUACCCGCAACGGGACGAAAAGACCCCGUGAACCUUUACUGCAACUUAACGCUGAAUUUGGGUGCAUAAUGUGUAGGAUAGGCAGGAGACUGCGAAGCGGUGCCGCUAGGUAUCGUGGAGUCAACGUUGAAAUACUGCCCUUUGUGUAUUUGAAUUCUAACCCCGCAAGGGAGACACCGUUUGGUGGGUAGUUUGACUGGGGUGGUCGCCUCCAAAAGCGUAACGGAGGCUUCCCAAGGUACCCUCAGCACGAAUGGUAACCGUGCGCAGAGUGCAAUGGCACAAGGGUGCUUGACUGUGAGACCAACAAGUCGACCAGGUGCGAAAGCAGGGCAUAGUGAUCCGGUGGUUCUGUGUGGACUGGCCAUCGCUCAAAGGAUAAAAGGUACUCCGGGAUAACAGGCUGAUCGCCGCCAAGAGCUCAUAUCGACGCGGCGGUUUGGCACCUCGAUGUCGG